CUAAAGGGUAAGCGGACAAAAACCAUCUCUGCUGUGCCUCUCUCCCCGCAACCCUAGCUUCAUACAUACAAAGCCGACAACCAGAUAAUUUUUUUUUUUUUUUUAAAAAGGGGGAACUACAAUCUGCACGCUUCUUCCCUCACCUGAGAGCACGAUCAGGAGAAGGGAGCUCGUGGAGAAGAGGAAAAUCUCAGGAAUUUCAGAAGAGAAAAUCAGAGAAGAGAUUGUGAGAACCAAAGGGAAAAAGUUCAGGGAGAAUCGACAGAAGGAAGUGAUUCCGGCAGCUUCAGCUUCACCAAUUUGCAAUAGUAAUUGCGGUCUUCUAGGAAUGGCAUUGGUGGUAAUCUGUGGGCAGCCAUGCAGUGGGAAGUCAAUAGCUGCAAAGUGCCUGGUUGAAGCUCUAAAAGAAGCAGAAUGCAAGCAAAUGGCAAGGAUUGUUGAUGAAUCAUCAUUUCAUCUUGAUCGUAAUGAGAGCUAUGCUAAUAUGCCUGCAGAGAAAAAUUUACGAGGUCUGCUCAGGUCUGAAGUUGAUAGAUCCGUAUCAAAAGACAGUAUACUCAUUGUUGAUUCUUUGAAUGGUAUCAAGGGUUACAGGUAUGAGUUAUGGUGUUUGGCUCGCGCUGCAGGAAUAAGAUACUGUGUGCUGUACUGUGAUGUAGAGGAAAUGCAUUGUAGAAAGUGGAAUGAAGAGCGUAGGGACAAGGGAGAAGCUGCAUAUAAUGAUGUGAUAUUUGAAGAUCUGGUCCGAAGGUUUGAGAAACCAGAUAGAAGAAACCGCUGGGAUUCACCUUUAUUUGAGUUGUGGCCAUACAAAGAUGGAAUAGAGAAAUCUUCUGCUGCCAUCUUUGAUGCUGUGUCUUAUUUGACCAAAAAAGUGGACACAAAAUCACGCGAUGUUAAAAUUUUACAGCCAACAAUUGCUACACAAAAUACACGAUUUUCAGAGGCAAAUUCUUUAUAUGAGCUGGAUAGAGCAACACAGGAGGUUAUCAAUGCUAUUGUGGAAGCACAAUCCCAGGCAAUUGGAGGGCCUCUUAGCGGAAUUUCACUAGGGCAGGGUUUGCCAACUAUCAACACUGGCAGAUCAGUUGUGCUCCCUGAAUUACGGAGGUUGCGAAGAACAUUCAUUAAAUUGACAGGGCAAACAAGUUUGAGCGGGCCACCCCCGCCUUCUGACGCUGAUAGUGCAAAGAGGAUGUUUAUAGACUACCUUAAUAGAGAAUUGGGAUCUACAGCAUGAAAGGAGCGUAUUGAUAUAACAGUAUAACACCCUAGUUUUUGUUUUUAUGACGAUUGGAUUUUUUUUUUUUUUUUUCAAAAAGAAAAAAAUUGUAUUCUUGUUCUGGCAUUGUCAAGGCUCUGAUUGGAUUGCAGGAAACGGUUUGGCUUUUAUAUAGACUAUAAAACAGAUCUAUGCUA